UUCUCGUGUUAACAGACUUCCACUGGUGAGCAAGUAUGAAAAUCUAUAUAAGAUUAUGUCUUUUCGCCGUAUUUUUUACCGAUAUUAAUUCAAAGCCUACCGAUCAACAUUUAAUAUCCGAAAUCAAUUACACCGUGGCAAAAGAUGGUCAAGAAAAUUUUCAAACUGAUCUAAUAUCGAAGGAUUUGGAAAUUAUAAAGCUCGAAGUGAAACAAACGAUAAGAAAGGUGGAGAGUGUUAUACAGCAAACCAAACAUGUUCGUGUAGAGACGGAAGAAGAUACUCUCAACACAGUCACGGAAAGAUGGUGGGAGCAAAUGGACAGAUAUGGAGACUAUGUCAAUUUAUUGCUCGCUUCGAUGCGCAGAGAAGUGAAUGCUGCUAAGGCAAAGAAUAAGGAUGCGCAACAUUGCUACGAUACCAAUUUUUGUGGCAUAAGUCAGCACAGUGACACAGCAUAUAAAGCCGCAAACAAAUGCAAAGAUUUGGCUGAGACCUCCAUCAAGAAGAGUCUCAAAUUUAUAGAUAAUCUCGUCUCAUUCGGCGAAUCAUUAAUACAGGAAUUGAAGGAAGUCGUUGUAAACUGCUUUGACAAUGAUGACACUAAAAUGUAUAGCUGCAUUCUUAACGAAUUAGGAAGAAUCAACGACGUCGUCAAAAGGUUCGAAGAAGACGCAAAAUAUAUCGAAUUUAACACCGCUCUGCCCACAUCCAAUUAUGUUGUCCUGCAAGCCAGCAAGUGCCUGAACAAUGUUUACCAGUUGGCGCGCUCCGAAAGUGAGGGCGCUAUGUUGUCUAACUCCAGAUGCGUAAAAAAUGUUGUGGCAAACAAGAAAACUCUGAUUGAUAGCAAACUAACGCCUAAGUGCAAAUUACAACUUAUUUCUCUUUGAAGUUCUUGUUUUUUAAAGUAUGUUUGUUAAAAGAGAAAGGGAAAAAAGAUUAAGCAAUAAAAUCAGAGCAUUGCUAAGAUUACAUAUUAUAUUUUUAUA